AUGUUUGAGAGUGUCAAGCGUGUGACCAAGUCUACAGAUGCGGACUGGACUAUCUCGCAGGAUUCCGUUGGAGAGCGCUUCAAGGAGGGACAGGAGGACAUGAAGGUGCGCAACUGGAAUGUGUUCACUAAGAUGCUGUGUAGUCAGAUUUUUUUUGUGAAUAGGGAUGGUGAAUAUGAGUCUAGAAUUAGUCUCGAUAAUGAAAUGGUCGGUCUACUAGUUGAGGAUUUGGACGAGGCUACAGCGGUGGGCAUCCGGAUGGCAGAGAACAACGAGGUUUCUUUCUCGCACUAA